AUGUCCGCUGGAAAGGCUAUCGGGUGAGUGACUUUACACAUUCGUCGUCGUCGUCGUCCUCCGUCGUCUCGUCCGCGAUGGACCGACCGGCUUGCUGACCCCGCCGCCACCUCUUUUUUUCCCUACCCGUGCUCUGUCCUGUAGAAUCGAUCUCGGCACAACGUACUCUUGCGUCGGCGUCUGGCAAAACGACCGAGUUGAGAUCAUCGCCAAUGUAAGUCAUUGCGUCUGGUGCAGCGCCGCAAUCAGACCGAGUCCGUCGCCGUCCUCGGCGAUUCGCUGACGUUGCCUCUCCAAACUUUUUUCCAUCUCACAGGAUCAAGGUAACCGAACAACUCCCUCCUACGUGGCCUUCACGUGAGUCGUUGUACACUUUCUUUUCCUCGUAUUAGUGCAUCUCACUGACCGUGCCUGCACCUUCUUGUUCCGUCCUCCCCACGCUGCUCGGUCGACCGUUUUUUCCCGCGCUCUGACGCAAUUCUUCCUUGACCUUCCAUCUCGUUCCGCUCGCCCGCCUGCUCGCCACGCCCACCGCCGCCGCGCUCGCUCGCACCUCAGCGACUCGGAGCGAUUGAUUGGUGAUGCCGCCAAGAACCAAGUCGCCAUGAACCCUCACGUAAGUUGCACUCUUUCUUGUGUCGUCUUCGUCGCAUGCCUUCCACAAUCACAAUGCUGACCUUCUGCUGCCCAUUCGCCCAUUCUCACAGAACACCGUCUUCGAUGCCAAGCGACUCAUUGGCCGAAAGUGGGCCGAUCCCGAGGUCCAGUCCGACAUGAAGCACUGGCCCUUCAAGGUUGUCGACAAGGGAACCAAGCCCAUCAUCGAGGUCGAGUACCGAGGCGAGACCAAGCAGUUCACCCCCGAGGAAAUCUCGUCCAUGAUCCUGCUCAAGAUGAAGGAGACUGCUGAGGCCUACCUCGGCACGACCGUCUCCAACGCUGUCGUCACUGUCCCCGCCUACUUCAACGACUCGCAGCGACAAGCCACCAAGGAUGCCGGUGUCAUCUCGGGUCUAAACGUCCUCCGUAUCAUCAACGAGCCCACCGCCGCCGCCAUCGCUUACGGCCUCGACAAGAAGACGGUCGGCGAGAAGAACGUCCUCAUCUUCGAUCUCGGAGGAGGAACGUUCGAUGUGUCCCUUUUGACCAUCGAGGAGGGUAUCUUCGAGGUCAAGGCCACCGCCGGUGACACCCACUUGGGAGGUGAGGACUUCGACAACCGACUCGUCACCCACUUCGUCGCCGAGUUCAAGCGCAAGAACAAGAAGGAUCUCUCGUCGAACGCCCGUGCUCUCCGUCGUCUCCGCACCGCCUGCGAGCGUGCCAAGCGCACCCUUUCUUCGGCCGCCCAGACCACCAUCGAGAUCGACUCGCUUUUCGAGGGUAUCGACUUCUACACCUCUAUCACCCGCGCCCGCUUCGAGGAGUUGUGCCAAGACUUGUUCCGUGGCACCAUGGACCCCGUCGAGAAGGUCCUCCGCGACUCCAAGAUCGACAAGGCCUCUGUCCACGAGAUCGUCCUCGUCGGUGGGUCCACUCGUAUCCCCAAGGUCCAGAAACUCGUCUCGGACUUCUUCAGCGGCAAGGAGCCUAACAAGUCCAUCAACCCCGAUGAGGCCGUUGCCUACGGUGCCGCUGUCCAGGCUGCCAUCCUCACCGGUGACACGUCCGAGAAGACCCAGGACUUGCUCUUGCUCGAUGUGGCCCCGCUCUCGACCGGUAUCGAGACCGCCGGUGGUGUUAUGACCAAGCUCAUUCCCCGCAACACGACCGUCCCUACCAAGAAGUCCGAGACCUUCUCGACCUACGCCGACAACCAACCCGGUGUUUUGAUCCAGGUCUACGAGGGUGAGCGUGCCCGCACAAAGGACAACAACCUCCUCGGCAAGUUCGAGCUUUCCGGCAUCCCCCCCGCCCCCGUGGUGUUCCGCAGGUCGAAGUCACCUUCGACAUUGAUGCCAACGGUAUUCUCAACGUCUCCGCCGCCGACAAGACAACCGGCAAGUCCAACAAGAUCACUAUCUCGAACGACAAGGGUCGCCUCAGUAAGGACGAGAUCGAGCGUAUGGUGCGCGAAGCCGAGCAAUAUAAGCAGGAAGAUGAACAAGCCGCCCUUCGAAUCCAAGCCAAGAACGGUCUGGAGACCUAUGCGUACAACUUGCGCAACUCGAUCGAUUCGGAGUUGAAGGACAAGCUCGACGCCGCCGACAAGGAGUCGCUUAGCAAGGCCAUCACGGAGACCAUCUCGUGGCUCGAUGCCUCCUCCGAGGCCAGCCAGGAGGAGUACACCGAGAAGCAGAAGGAGCUCGAGGCCAUUGCCAACCCCAUCAUGACCAAGGCUUACGGUGCUGCAGGAGGUGCACCCGGCGGUGCACCCGGUGCCGCACCGAGCGGCGGCUUCCCCGGCCCAGGAGCCGACGAGCCCUCGGUCGAGGAGGUCGACUAA